AUGAAUGAAACCAAGACAGACUCUACAGUCAAUCCUGAUCAAUCUUCUCAAGAGUUAGUAUUUUUCAAUUACCAUGAAUAUUUGGUUCCAGGAUCAGAUGACACUUCACUAGUGAUUAACCAUUUUCCCAACAUACACACUGACCUUUCAUCUAGCACGUUUAAAGAAACCAGAAUCAUUCGGAUUCCACGUGUGUAUCAUACAGUUCAAUUUCCUGAUUUGAUUCCACAGUUUUCUUGUUACUACCCAGGUUCAGAGCCUGGAGCAAUCACUCUGACACAACUUAUGAGUGGAUCAUUUGAUGAUAAUAGUUUUAAUGAAAGCUCGUCGAUCCCUAGCUUGGAAAACAUUAUACUGAGGAGUGAAUUUGAAAACAUAGUCAGUCUAGUCAAUGAAUCACUUGCGGUAGCAUUCAAUCCAAUGAGCAAAAGGAUGUUGCUCGAAAACUUAUUGGAUCUACUAUCUGGUGGGUUAUUCCUAAGUUUAUUGAAUUUCCUUGGAAUUUACUCAUUUACAAAAAGAAAGCUAAUGGAACUAGAAAGCCAAAUUGAUUCCAUCAACCAAAUUAACGAAAAGAAAGGUGUUGAUUUUAAGAUUAUAUCACCGAGAGUCACUGGAUAUUUAUCUCUUGAUUUUCAAAUAACGAAGCCCAGGUAG